GGGGGCGGGGGCUGCUGUUGGGCACGGCACAGCCAGCGGCUGAGUCCGUUGGCGGGCAGGGCUGGUGACCCUUUCCCCGGGGCCUGGCCCUGGAGCCACCAUGUUUUUGGCGCUCAAGGAGAGACUCCAGUUGGACUGGAUGGCCUGGCGGCUGCAUGUGUUCUACAAGAGGAAGAAGCACAAGUUCAUCUUCAUCAUCUCCUGGAAUGAGAUUGAGGGCAAGUUUGCCAUAACCUGCUAAAACCGGAUGGCCCAGAGGCAGAGGAGCGGCACCAGCGGUCAGGUCUACUUGGGCCACGACCUGGACACCUGUGGCUGGAAGAUCCUCUCCCAAGAAUUCUUCACGGAAACCCACGACUGGGAGUAUUAUGAACCCUUAGCGAGCUGCAGCAGAAGGACCAGGAAGCGCAUCCAGGAGGUGCCGAUGCCCUGUGACUCAGGAGCUGUACCUCCAGGAACUGAGCGCUACAGAUAUGCUCAUGCAACCUUAUCUGAAAGGUCCAUCCAUGUUGUAGAAUGUGUGUCAGAACUUCAUUCAUUUUCAUCGUUGAAUAACAGUCCAUUGUUCAUCACCAGUUGUGGGUUCUGGCCAGCAGAAGUCCCACCGAGACGGAAUAAAUUACUCAAGACUCUGUGGAAAAGUGAAGAGAGCCAGAGGGAGUUGGGAGCCUCGAGCCUUUCAAAUCUCCCAAAUUUAUUGAGUACAGUCAAAGGAGGAAUGCAGGAAUUUAGGGAAGGACAGGGUGGGAUCACAUCUCACUUCACUGUGCCGGUGGCAGCGCUAGCUUCACUGCAUCUCCACUUGAUUCUGCUUGGAUUUUCCAACAUGGCAAUUUUUAUACUUCUUCAUCAACCAUUCCAUUGACUGCUUCUCUUUCAACUCAUAUGCAUAAAAGACUUCACCCCAGGACCAGAUAACAAAUCAGUUAAUAACAGGAAGGAUAAGCCUUCAGAACUUGCCAAGCAAAAGGAGAGAUUGCACUAAGGUAAAUAUGUAAGAUGAUGUAUAAUUGAACUUUAAGUGAGUGGCUCACAGUAGUGCUCAAAAAGUUCAAAGAGGAAAGGAAGGCAGGUGGAAGUGGUCCUGUUUGUGUGUGUUUGUGUGUGUGAGCAUGCGUGCUGGGAGAGGAAUUGAGUAAUGGAUGAAGACAUCAUGCAAGAUGGCUGAAGUGUCAGUAACAAUCUUUGGAUAUGAGUUGAGAAAGGGAAAUAAAAAGGUGAAUUUGGAAAUGAUGCUUGAGGCCAGAAUGUAAAAGUCCUUGAAGGUCAAAUUAAGAUGUGCUAUCAUAUUUUAUAAGUCUCGUAUUUCACACCAAUUUAAGUGUUGACCCUCUUAGAAAUGGUGAAUUAGAGAGGAGAUGAAGGGUUCCUUUAAAGAAGAAAUCUCGACAAACCACAGCACACUGAGGCAAUGGUACCCAGCAAUUGCAUUCCACAAGAUUAAGUACAUUAGCAUUUCUACAGAAAAAUAAUAAUUUAUAUCACUGUAUGUUUCCUACUACCUACAGAGUUAGAAAAUAGCUCAGUAACAUUGAAUUUGAAAUAUUCAAAGGGUGAGCUAGACAGACACCUAGUAAUCUUUUGUGUGGUUGAGUGUGUGUUUCAAAAUGUUUCAGUUUUUCCUGACAGUGGCCACUUUUAUUAGGUAUUUACCUAGAAGCAGAUUUGCUGGAAUAGGUUUAUCUGUAUGUUCAGGUUAAAGUGGAUACUGACAGAUAUUUGCUUCUCAGGUGAUUGUAGCAAUUUACAUGCUCAUCAGCAUUGUAGCAUUCUUUAUGUGCUCCUGAAAGUUGGGAAGUUCUGAGCCUCAAUUCAGCUCUACAAAGGGUAAAAUUUUAAACAAUCUCCUUUGUAGUUCUCAUGCAUACCACAUUUUUAGUUAUUACCAGUGGUAUAAUAAAUAAAAUAACUGUCCUUUAUUUCUGGUACAAGACACAGAACUUCAAAACUCUUGGAAUUUCUUGAGUGAGAAGAUUGUGUCUUAUGCUAAUGAGGUGACUCAUGGUAGUGGGCCCCAAGUUAACUUCAGCAUGAGGGCUAAUCCCAGAAAGACCAGCCACAUAAUUAGAGGGUUGAAAAUUAGGGCCAUGCUGAACUCUGGGAAGGUGGGAGGAGAUGGUGCUGGAGAUGGAGAUUAAUCAUGUGUCCAAUGAUUUAAUAAAUUAUAAAGCCCAAGUAAAAGCUCUGGACUUCAAACUCAGUGAUGCCUUCUGGUUUGUGAAUACCCUGACUCCACUUGCAGCCAGUGUCUGAGGUUGGCAUACACUAAGUCUGUGUAGUUUAUUUGUUGAACAACUUAAUGCACUGAUUCUAACCUGAGUCUUACAUCCAAAUCUUGAAUCAUUCUGGAAGUAUAAAGUCUAUGAGCUUGUGUCUCUUAUGGUGAAUCUUGACAUUUCUGUCCAUGUAGGGAGAUUCAGGAAAGGUAUGACUAAACAGUGGGAACAUUACUGUGUGGAAAAAGGCAUCAUCAUAGGAAAUGAAAUCCUCUAACACAACUAUUUUCAGUUCAAAGCAAGCCAAAACAAAUUGACUAUUCCACUUGUGACCUAGGCUGUGAGCAUUGGUCUCUCCAGUAAGAUUUGGCUUCUCCAGUAAGAUUAACAAGAGGACAGAUGACUGGAUAAAGAAGUUGUAUAUUUAUACAAUGGAAUAAUGCACAUCCAUAAAAAAAAUAAUAAAAUGAUGCCAUUUAAAGCAACAUGAAUGGACCUGGGGAAUAUCAUUUUAAGUGAUGUCAGAAAGAGAAAGAAAAAUGCCAUAAGAUAUCACUUAUAUGUAGCAUCUAAAAAAUAGAUGAAAUUAUUAAAAAACAAAAAAGACUCACAGACAUAGAAAACAAACUUAUGGUUUCCAGAGGGAGAAGAGAGUGGGAAGGGCUAAAUUGAGAGCUUGAGAUUUGCAGAUACUAAUAUAUAUAUAAAAUAUAAACAACAAUUCCAUACUGUAUAGCACAGAGAACUAUAUUCAAUAUCUUGUAGUAACUUAUGGUGAAAAAGAAUAUAAAAAAGAAUAUAUGUAUGUUAAUGUAUGACUGAAGCAUUAUGUUGUACACCAGAUAUUGACAUAACAUUGUAAAUUGACUAUACUUCAAUAAAUAAAUAUAAAUAAAUAUA